AUGCACAUCCCCCACAAAGACCCAAAUCCCUCCAAAGACCAACAACCCCUCGUCCCCUCCACCCGCUCCCUCCAAGGCCCACCAAUGACAUGGACCACCUUCCACGGCCCCCCGGUCCCCCCCGCCCCAAAACCACCAAACACACCACACUGGCGACACACCACCACCACGCUCCAGGACCAGCGCACCCGCUUCGCCCUCCACACCUCCCCGACAAGCCCUUACUGCGCGGCCCCAACCCGCCGCACCAUCCUCGCCCUCUACACCGCCGCCCUAACCGCACUCGAACACGCCUCCCCCGCAACCGCAUCCGCAAUCGCCACAGAACUCACCCGCAAAAUCAACAUCGCCCUCGACCUCGCACAGGCGCACCCGCACGACCCCGUGUUCUACACCAACGCCGCGCACUUGCCACCGCUUGAGCCGCAGUACGCGCAGCCGCGGCUCGACGCGGAUCCGUAUUUCUACGCCGGGUGGGGGAGGCUCAGGGAGUGGAGGCGCGAGGGCUGGCCGAGGGAGUAUCCGGGGCGGGCGGUGCAGAGGGAGAGGUUGGGGAGGGGGAAGAGGGGGGGGAGGGAGGGGGAUGUGGAGGGGUUGGUGCUGGCGAUGGAGGCGAGGGCGAGGGACUGGGGGGAUGAGGUGGAUGCGGAUCCGGGGAGGGCGUGGAAGUGA